GAUUGAGAGUUUAUGUGUUGGUGGCGUACAGAAAAGCAAAAGUGUAUUCAAAGUGCUCGUGAAAAAAUGUAAAAUCUACGGUGAAAAAGUGAUCAAAGUUGUUCAAAUCGGUGUUCAAAGUGUCGUUGGUGACCUGUGGAAGAGUUUCCGGUAAAAUUCUGACCGGUUGUGACGUGGGUUGAUGUGAAAAGUCCGUAAAAAGUGAACUGAGGUGGAGGCAAGUUUUGCCACGGUGUGGUUCAGGAUAUUGAACGCCUGUCGUUUUGCUGUGCUCUCUCGUAUGCCUUGUGCCGACGCACAAUCGUUACACAUGCUCAGCAGCAAGCAGGUAUACAAUCUACUACGAAGACGACCGGUUGAUGCUCUUCCCUCUGCUGUACGACGCCCGAGACAUUAUUGUCCUGCCUAGCGUUGUAGUGAGUGGACGGCCUGCUGCCGUGACGGUAGAGAGAGUUCUUCAGAAAAUGGAUCCGCAGGGCGUUGUAGAAGAUCCGCGGUAGACUCUGACUCAUAAUAAUAUUAUAGUUGUGUGGUGAAUUUCGUUCGCGUUGAUGGUAGACUUCAAGCCAGGCACUGUUUCCGUGUGUGUUUCGAUUCGGUCGUGCCGCUGCUGUAGAUACGGGGUCGGUUCCAGUGUACUGUACAUACCUAGUGCGAGAUAUUGAACGAUCAAGACAACAAAAUGGAUACUGGUGCACCAGCAGCUGCUGAUGCUGCUGUUACCGGAGAAGUGUAUGAAGAUAAUGCGGCGUCCAGUGAGAACCAGUCGGCGGCUGUGGACAAAAUGUGCCGCCUUUGCUGCUCGGAAGGUCAAGCGGACUUGAGUCUGCUGUUUCCAGACGGGGCUUCGUACGAAGCCAAUAAACUACUGCUCAAAAAGAUCUACGAGUGCACAACGGUUCAGAUCGCCAACGAGGGGGACGAUCAGAACGCGAUGAUAUGCGAGGCCUGUAUCGCAAAAAUCGAUGAUUUCUAUUCGUAUCGCGAGCAGUGCCGUGCCAAUGACGACCGCAUCCGUCAACGGGCUGGCCACCAUACUGCCGUGCCCGAAAUCCACAUCAAACAGGAGAAAGAUCUGCAGCUGGAGAUUAAUAUCACCGAGCCACCGCCGAGCUUGUCGGCAGCCUGCGAGGAUGGAUUUCAACAUCAUGAAGACUCAUCAUCGCAUCCCAGGCCAACGACGGCAACGAACGAGGUACAUGGAGGUCCGGAGCACGAUUCCGUGGGCAAAGAUGAAGACAGUCUCCUACAGCCUAUGGGCUCAAAAAAUCGCUGUCCUCCAGAUUUGAACGAUGAGCUUACCAUUAAACGUGAAGUAAUUGUGGACGACGAUGAGGUGUACUACAACAGCGAUGGUGAAGCUGUCAGUGUACCAGCACACCUCAAACAGAAUGCAGAAUCUCGCAAAUCAUUCGGCAUCGCGGGUGCCACUACUAGUGUUAAAAAGUCAAACUAUCGUAUAAUAAUGACUCCCACCAAUCGGGAACGAUUGGUGUAUCAAGGAUACCUAUAUUGUCGGCAUUUCAGUCGCCGAGAUGGAUCCGUCCAUUGGCGAUGCCGAUUGGGAGGUUGUCAAUCCGCCGUAAACCUGAACUUGGACGACACAAUAACUCCAGCCAACAACAAUAAGCAUAGUCAUCCUCAGAACGCUCCCUUGGAGGGAGACAUAGAAGAAGAACCUAGUCCGCUAUCAACUGAUAAUACGGCUCUUCUUGAAAGCUUUGGAAUUCACUACGGCGAUGACGACGCAGACCUUGACGAUUCGAGUGUUAAUCUGUCGGAGUUGACCAGUGUAGGCGAGGAUAGUCUACGAAUUGUACCUAAUAAGAAGAAAGGUGAAACCCUAGUUCAUCUAGGGUUCAAGUAUUGCAAACGGUACGUAAAAAUGGAUGGGUCGACGUACUGGAAGUGUAGAUCUAACAACAACAAGUGUACUGCUGGUUUGUACGUAUACCCGGAAGCCAAAGUGAGAUACCACGGUACGCACAAUCACGAUAAGGUGGUUGGAGAUGAGUCGGAAUAUGACGUGGACAGUACCAUGGAUGAUAGCCUGAUGCAACCGUUUACUAUAGUGGAGGACGUAGAGGAUGACGAGGAGGGAGAAGAGGACUAUAACGAUGACAUGGCAGCAUUGUUGACACCCAGUGUAGAAGUGAUGAUGGACGAAAGAAAGCAACAGGGUUCGGCCGACUAUGAGGUGACGACCAAUGUUAAGGGGCGGGAAUGCUUGAUCUACGAGGGUCAUCAAUACAGCAAAGACCGCGAGCGGUACGAUGGUGCGGUUCUGUGGCGAUGUCGUAGAAACUACGACAAAUGUCGAGCCGUUGCGAUCAUUUACGCCGAUGGCAGGAUUGAAAAGUCCGGCGAACAUCGUCACGAAACGGACAAACGAUAUCUGGAGAGACAAGAACAAGGGCUCGGAAGCCGAAUGUUCCGAAUUACGAAAAACCAAAGAGGAAACGACGCCCUUGUCUUCGAAGGUCACCGUUUCAGCAAAGAGUGGUCACGAGUGGAUGGUUCGAUUAUCUGGCGGUGCUCCUACCGAAGUGGCAUGUGCCGUGUCAAAGUGGUUCUUAACGCCGAAGCAUACAUUCAUCGUAUGGGCACCGAACAUGAGCACGAGCAUGAACAGACGGAAGCUCCCGUCACGGUCGAAUACAGCGAUGAAGACGUUGAGGUCCUCGAUGAUCCGCUGCUUACGCCAGCCCGAAGUCAACCCAAGUUGUCCCUUCUGCCGCAGAUUCCACAGUGUCCGAACUUCACAACGGAGCAGCAGAUGGCUGGAGGGUAUCGUAUCGUUAAGAAUCGUAAAGGCUUUGAGGCAUUGGUUCACGACGGAUACCGGUACUGUAAGGUACGUGUUCGGCAGGAUGGCUCUAUCAAGUGGCUGUGCAAAAUGAAUAAAAAGACCUGCCGAGCCGCGGUUGAUUUAUUCCCAGAUGGAUCUAUUGCAAAGGCGACCGAAUUUGACCACAACCACGAACGUCCUAACGAUAUGGAGAUAAUGGAUGAUGAUGAAGAAGGUGACAUGCCUGGACAAGAAAUUACUUAUCCCAUUGAUCCGGAGGUCUUUGGCAACAGUCAAUGGUAUUACGUCAAAAAUAGCAAGAACGGUAUCAGUAUGAUUCACGCUGGUUACCGUUACACCAAGAAGUGUGAACGUGUGGAUGGAACGUCGCUUUGGCGUUGCUCGGCAUCCCAACGAGGCUGUAAGGCCGGUGUCAUUCUGUUCCCCAACGAUACGUUGGCCAUGGUGGAAAAUGCCGAACACUCACACAAACCAAGUGAAAAUGUCAAACCAGCGGACUAUGAUCAGGAAUCGGAAGAAAUGGAUAGAUCCCAAACGGAUGUAAUUGACAUUAGCGAACAAGACGAUGCAGCCAAUGAUACCGACAUGAACAUGCACUCUUUGUUACAGACCGUACUUGGGGGAGAUGAUGUUCAUUGGAUGGGCGGCACUAGCAGCGAUGCGGCCGACAAUGACCAAGGAAAUGAAGCCGUGUGGUUCAACAGCUCUACGGAUCGUCCUUAUCCCCGACCACCGAAUGGCCAGCAAGCGGACUUCAGAAUUAUCAAAAACCGGCGCAACACAGAUAGUCUCGUCCAUCGAGGAUAUCGAUAUUGCAAGAUACGUGACCGAGUGGAUGGCUCCAUUUUGUGGACUUGUCAAAUGAAUAAGAAGACAUGCAAAGCGUCGGUCAACUUGACCGUGGAUGGUCGCGUCGAAGUGAUCAACGCAGGGCAUAACCACGGCAAAACCGACCGCGAUGAUGGUGAGGGUGAAGACAUUUCACAUGAUCAGAAUGUAUCCUAUGACAUCAGCUCUGACGUGGAUCUUACCACCGAAGAACUGCAAGAUGAACCGGAAGAGCCUGCAUCGCCGGAACCUCCGUUCAAGCAUCCGGACUACUACUACAGUGUGAAUAAGAGCAACAACGAGUGCUUGAUUCACAAAGGUAACCGGAUGUCCAAGCGCAGCGAAAGACCUGAUGGUACCACCACGUGGAGAUGUUCGAUGAGUGGCAACACCUGCAUGGCUGGAGUGAUAAUCCAUCCCGAUGGUACUCCGGAGGAGAAUGCCAUCAAGCAUAAUCAUCAACCGUUGGCCGAGUUGCCACCGGAAAUAGAACGAGCAGUGAAACCAGCACCACCGCCGCUACCACCUGUGCAACCAGUUAUCAGUGAACCGAGUACAAUCGGCGCCUACAAACGCCAAGGCGAUUCACUCGAAUGGAACGGAUUCCAUUAUCGUAAGAUUAAAGAGCUUCCGGAUGGUUGCAUUAUUUGGAUUUGUCUCGUAGACAGUUGCCGCGUGGCUGUUAAGAUGCUUCCUACCGGGAAACUAAAAAUGCUCAGCGAGUCCGAACACAACCAUACGGCUUCAGGUCAACCAUCUUCCAGUGCUCCCGCUAUAAAGCCAGCAGCGUCCACAUCUUCCACCGAAGGUAGAGGGCGCAGUUAUCGUCUAUUCAAAAACCAAAGAGGUCAGAUGACGCUACUCUACCAAGGCUAUCGCUAUUCUAUUCGCAACAGAAACCAAGAUGGAAGCUCCUCCUGGAAGUGUCGAUCCAACAGUAGCUGUCGAGCUAUCAUAUUCCUCAUGCCCGACGACCGGAUUGUACCAGGAAAUAAUAAUGCGGGUCAUAAUCACGAACCAAACUGGGAAUCUACCAAGAGAUUGGAAUCUGUGGCACCAACCCGGGUGAACCCUCUGUACGAUUAUUUGAACAUUAUCCCCGGUGGAAGCAAUAGUCGCCCUCCGUCGUCGGCAUCGAAGACCCAGGAAUCCAGCGGUGCUGCUUCUUCGAAUGUGGAUCUUGAUCAAACACCGCCGAAUGUUAACUACGGUAGGAAUGUGGUUGAGCAUAAGAACUACUUCUACCGCUUGAUCGUUCGCAAGAAGAAUGGGCGUGAGUAUUGGCGAUGUGUCCACUUCAAAUGCAAAUCCUGCCGGGCGGCCCUGUUCUGUCGGGAUAACGGUACCAUUGUAACGUCCACCAACGGCAAGGAACACAAUCACAAAAGCGGGGCCGAUGCCAGACCACUACCCUCAUCACAGCAUCAUGCGGUGAAUAAAUCAACGCCGCAAAUAAGCUUGCUGGAAGCAACACGAUCCACAAUACAACCAUCUCCAUUGGAGGAAGUGCAGCUAACCGAGGGAGACGAAGAACGAUACAUCGACCAUGGUGAAUAUGUGAUCGCAAAAAAUCGCAAGGAUCAAAACACGCUCAUCUACAAGGAUCGCCGGUACUACCUGUCGUACAACCGGAGCGACGGAUCGGCGGUGUGGCGCUGUGCUCAUCGAAAACGCUACAAAUGCUACGCCUACGUAAGGCUUCGACCGGAUGGACGCCUGUUGAGCACCGGAGAGCAAGACCAUUCGCAUUCGAUGAAAACCGAGUUCAAUCCUCCGACCGCCGAAACAAAACCGGUCAAGAAUUACAAAAUUGUAAAGAACCGUGUCGGAAACGAUAUUCUGAUUCACGAGAAUCAUCGUUUCCGGUUGAAUUACCAAAGAAACGACGGAACAACGCACUGGCGGUGCGUCUGGGCUAGAAGUAAUCACUGCUCGGCCGGUGUAUAUCUGUUUGCCAAUGGAGUUUUGAAGAACGCAGCAAACGAAUCGGCGAUCGUUCACAACCAUCCUCCGCCAAGUCAGGUGCGGAAAGCGACCAAUGUGAAUGCAGCAUUGGAACCUACGCCAGGUCCAUCAACCGUACAGCCAAGUUUCAAUGCCACUGAUAAGCGGACUAUUCCUGAAGAUGAAGGUAUAACAGAUUUUAAAUUUAUUCAGGAAGGCUCCAACAAGGUACUCGUAUGCCGUGGCUAUCGCUACUUCUACACGUGGGUUCGCAAAGAUGGUAGCAUUUACUACCGCUGUGCCGAAGUUAAGAAUCUCCAAUGUACAAUGGGCAUUUUACUGCUAACGAAUGGAAAGCUGGUUCGUGCAGGAGAUCAGUGCCAUAAUCACGAUCCUAGUCAGAUUGAAGAGGAGGAAGACAAUGAUGUGAUCGCUAUUUCGACGCCGGCGGAAGUAAUUCAAGUGCCGGACGAACCGCAAAUGGAGGAGGAAGUAAUUGAACAGUAUGCUCCACUGGUCAUACCGCAAGGUGGCGACAGUGACUUCAAAAUUGCAAAAACUUCACGCGGAGAAUCGUUGAUCUACCAGGGCUAUCGAUAUUGGGCGAAAAAUCGAUUGGCCAAUGGUAUAGUGUCACUUUGCUGCACCCGGAAGAAGAUGAAGAAAUGUCCGGCCAUGCUGCGUCUACUGACGAACGGCCGUAUCAUGGAUCCGGUAGGUUUCGGUCAUACUCAUCCACCGAACAUGGAUGGAGGUGGCGAUAUCUCAAUGUUGCAACCGGUGUCAGUGUCGGUCGUUCCGAAACAGAUGAUUCCCAAACCAGCGAUUAUCCCUAAAGAACCAACUUUCGUUGUGAAAACGGUUGUUCCGGCCUCUCAACUACCGGCGCUAACAUUUAACGAAGAAUCGGAAGACGACACCGAAGAAGGCGAAGAGGCAAUUCUCGGAUCGAAAAGGUAUACGUUCGUGAAGAGCUCGGCGCAGCGCAAUUUUAUCGUUUUCGAGGAUUUCGUGUACGACUUUGAGCAUAAACAACACGACGGUUGCGUUUUCUAUCGGUGCAAGACAAGCGAAUCCUGCCCGGCGACGCUGAUGUUGCUAAGCAAUGGCCGCGUAAUGCCCAUGGCCGAUUCGAUGCACACGCACAUGAAGCCCGACUUGAGGAUCUUCAGACCCGUUGGCCGAGGUUCCAAGGAAUUCAAAAUUGUUCAGAACAAAAACGGCAACAACAUACUGGUGCAUCGUGGCCAUCGAUACACAACUCCUCGAUCUAAGACUGACGGCGCCGGAAUAUGGUAUUGCCACACGUAUGUGUCGGAUAUGAAUCGACGCUGCUAUGUUCCGAUAGAACUGCUUCCGAAUGGACGGGUUGCUCCGGUGGGCGAUAAAAAACACAACCACAAUCCUCCAUUCAAGACGAAACCGGAACCCGGCGGCGCUGCUUACGAUUCCAAAGACAACAUCGUCAAACCGGAGCAUAGCAAUGGAACCGCCGAUAGUAGCAAGAUGACCAAUAAUCGUAUGCUGCUGCAUGGUGGCCAUAGGUACAACUUUGCGAACAAGCGUGACGAUGGAGCCAUUCUGUGGAAGUGCAUUGAAAAAACUUGUAAUGCUUCAAUGUAUCGCCUAACAGAUGGUCACAUUGUUAAAGGACCGGAACAUAAUCACGACCGAAUGGAGACGCUUGAUAAUUCUAUGAAACGAAAGCUGCCCAAUUAUGACAUGAAAUAUAAAAAUCCCAGUCCAAGUAUGGCCGACAGUGACACGAAAUUAUCGUCGACACCGGAACCGACUUCAUCUUAUCCAAGACCAGGUACAGCCGUGAAACCGAAUCCUUACAUUGGAAAACCUAUCAUCCAUGAAGGAUACCGUUACAUAUACUAUCUUACCCGGCGUGACGGUUCGGAACAUUGGCGCUGCAGUCGGAGACUGCCGAUGAAGUGCCGAGGUGGAUUAUUCAAGCAAACCGACGGCACAUUGAUCAAAUCCAAUGACGAAGGACACUCGCAUCCUCCGUAUAUCAACAUGGAUGAUUCGGUCUCCAUGUCCUGCACGAUAACUGAGCUGUCACAAGAAUCGUACGACGAUUCUGCCGAAGUUGAAGAUGUGCCGGAGGAGUCUUUCACCGGUGCGGAACAGCAGCAUCAGGCAUCCUUCGUUGACGAUGAGGGUUCGUAUGAUUAUGAGCUCAUCGAUGUCAAAGGCAAAAAACGAGGAAUGUACCUUAUCCACAAGGGCGCCAUGUUUGUGGCCGGCCACACCCGAAGAGAUCGAGCACGGUACUAUCGUUGUCGAACUGCCGGUUGUAAAGUGGCCAUGCUGCUGCAUCGAAAUGGGCUGUUGGUGCGUUCGAACGAACACACGCACGACUGCCAGAAUGCCGUUAAGACUGACGAACACGAAAAAGAAGCUGAAGACGAGGAAGAGGAAGAGCAGGAAGAAGACGAUCAUCACAUUGAGCCCAGUAACAAGAAACAACGAUUGGAAAACGACGAAGAAAGUUUGGAUGAGCAUCUGGCUGCGAAUGGAGAUGAAGAUCCUGUCGUGGAAGUGAAACAAGAACCAGCGGACGAGCACUAAAUCCCAUUCGUACUACAAGCACCGACAUAGUAGCAGCGCAUUUAAAUCAGUACGUAAGUAUUGAGCAAAGCAGUAGCAGUUCUUCUACUAUUCACACAAUUUACACUACUACAACUUACAGUAUCCAUAAGUAUUUAUCGUAUUGAUGUACACUUAGUUCGAACAAAAAGUUGAUGUAAUUUCAUGUAUUUUUUGACCUGAGAGCGCAGCAGUAGUCUUAAGGGAGCGUAAGAAAAGUAAACCAAAUAAUACUGAAA